GUUUAAGAAACGUUUUGCAACAGUAUAGGUGUAAUGAAUACACCCCAGGCCUCCUCUCUAGGCUCGCGUUUUGGCGAAGUUGUGACACAUUUGGUUUCCCUAACUUUAUGAAGCAGUGAUCUAUUCAUGUAACAGGAAUUUCAGUCUAAGCUUUUGUAACUUGAAUAGCAAUCCGGAUCAGGAGGAUAAUCUAUGAAUGACAACAAUAUGGAUUCUGAUGAAGUUCAACAAACAGGUUGGUGACAUUACAUAGAAAAACGGCAAUUUAUAUAAUUCCAGCUAAUAAUAAAACAUUGUUUCUCAAUUCAUCUCCUCAAGUGUCUAGUUUAAAAUGUAUUUAAAAAGUUUGUAGGCGAAUUCAACGAAUGAAAGUCCUACCACUACAGAUAUUAGAAAUGAGCUACAUUAAGGAAUGCACUUGUUGGUUGCCUAAAAAAAGUUGUUACAUUGUUAACAUGUUUUCAGUCUUACUCUGACAGCAAGUAUGUAAUGAGUUAAUUAAAUGAUUAAUUAUUUGUUAAUGCCCAAAUUGUAUUUACUGUUUGUUUGAUUGAUUUACUCAUUCAUUCGUUCUGUAGAUGGCAGCACAUCAGAAGAAUCAACAAGUAGUCCUAAUCAAAGGAUGACAAGAAAUCAGAUCCUCACAUUGAUAUCAAUCGCAUCUGUCAACUUCAGCUCAAUGAUUUGUUACUCUAUAUUGGGACCAUUCUUCCCCAAAGAGGUAUUGUUCAAUAGGCUACCAACCAUUUUACUUCUUCAUUGCUUGUGAGAUAUUGUUACAGGUUUUGGUUUUUCCGAUGCAUGUUUUGAGGUCGGACUUUAGCACGUAGGGCGCACCAAUUGGUGUCUUCUUCUAUUGUAUAUUGGCGAUCACACAAUAUAGUAGGUGGCGGGAUGGAAAGAGGAUUACAGAUUGGCGUCAUCUCGUUAGUCAGUAUGUGUUACACCUGUGCUGGUUGCCAUCUCGUUAGUGGGAAGGUGUUUCACCUGUGCUGGCCCAGGUGCUAUUUAAUAGUGGCUGGUACAGUGCUCCAAUUGUCUUGAGAGAUGUGGAGGGUCAACACCUUUAGUUGGCGCUCCCUAUUUGAUUUCUAGAAAAACAAUAAUUUAUCUGAUUUCGUUUUGCGCCACUUUUUUGGUUUGCUUCGCUUCAUAUCUUUAAGUUUGGUAUGGGGUUUUUGCUUUUAUUUGCCUCUUCUUGGGCAAACUUAGAAGGCGUUAAUGGUGGGUGUCUUUUAGGUUCCAGUUGUUGUUUCUAGUCAACUUGCAGUGGACACGCCCACGAGUGUCUUUCAGAACCCCUCCUAAAACCCUACCUGUUUUGGUUGUCAGCGACUCUUUGUUAGUUCCCCCUUCUGUUUGCCUUUUUUGGUUUUCUUGCUGCGGAACGUAACAAUAUACUAAACAGAGUUUAUGCAGAAUCAUGAUUUCUUUAUUCAGAUUAUAAAAUAAAUUGGCACAUGUUGAAAAAUUACUAAAUUAAUGUUUAGGAGUGCCAUAGUAAAGUACACUUCAUUUUAUUGGUUGGCUGUAAGAUACCAGUUCAGACUAGAUGUCAUGACUGACAUGUGGUUGUAUUUGUAUAAUGUGUUGGACACGAAAAGCCCCUAAACCUUAGGGCAAUGAUGUGUCAUACAAUGGAUACUCAGUCACAUCAACACAUGCAAACAUCAAAGCAGAAACUCGCUCCUGCAGGUUCAUGCUCUACAACAGGGCUCUCCAACCCUGUUCAUGGAGAGCUAAACCUCCUGUAGGUUUUCGCAACAACCCCAGUUGUAACUAACCUGAUUCAGCUCAUCAACCAGCUAAUUAUUAGAAUCAGGUGCGCUAGUGACACAGGUCCUAAUCCAGGCACUUCUCCUGUCUGGACUACUGCAACUCUCUGUUGGCUGGGCUCCACGCUUGUGCCAUCAAAACCCUGCAACUUAUCCAGAACGCCGCUGCCCGCCUGGUGUUCAACCUUCCCAAGUCAUCCCAGUCCUCCGCGCACUCCGCUGGCUUCCAGUCGAAUUUCAUAGCCACUACAAGACCAUGGUGCUUGCCUACGGAGCAGCAAGGGGAACUACUUUCAGGCUAUGCUCAAAGCCUGAACCCCAACCUGAGCUCUCCGUUCUGCCACCUCUGGUCUCUUGGUCCCCCCAACCCUACGGGAGGUUAACUCCCGCUCAGCCCAGUCAAAGCUCUUCUCUGUCCUGGCACCCCGAUGGUGGAAUGAACUUCCCCCUGAUGCUAGGACAGCGGAGUCCCUGCCCCAUCUGAAAUCCUUCCUCUCCAAAGAGCAUCUUAAAUAAUAUUUGUUUCCCUUCUAGCACUGACUUUGAUAGUACGUACAUUUUCCUCAAUGAAGUAGCUAUGAUUCAGAUAUGUUUUUGUCCCACCUAGCUAUUUUAAGAUGAAUGCACUAAGUGGCUCUGGAUAACUAUAAUAUAAUGUAUAUGUCAGAUAGGCUGUCCUGUGGACAUAUGCAUUUGAGUGACCAGAGUCUCUUGUGACUGACUGAAAUCUCUGUUAUAAGCCCUAAGCUAUAUUAUGGUGUAAACAUUUUUUUUAAAUAAAGUCACGACCACUGAUAUACCUGUGGAAAAGUGUCAUAAACGAAGAAAAAAAAACAGUGAUUUUCAAACACUGAGAUUCGUGGGGAGCAAGAAAUACCCUCCCUCUGGCUCGAAGCUCGUUGCAGUUUUUGAAAAUCAUUUUUUUAGGACCUACUUAUCGUUUUAACCACAGAUCAUAGAAAUGCGCUGUUUUCACACAUGUAGACUGGAGAUAAUGAAUAUGAGGUUGAAAAGUGGCGAAAUUGCUCUUUUUAAGAUCAUAGUUGAUCUAAUUGCUAAAGAUGAUCUAUAUGCUUUUGGGAAACUCAACCUAUAGAUGAGUGAACGUUGCUGACCUAAACAGCACUGAGUCAUGACUAUGAUAUAAAGUCAGCUGUUGUGACUGUUUUCCAAAGUAUUUUGUUUACGUGCCUUCGCUUUCCAAAAGGAAAACGACAUCUUGUACACAAUCAUAACUGAAGCUUUUUCACCAAGCUUUUUUUGUGUUUUGCAGUGUCUGUAUGUUUGAUGUUGUAAUGUAUUGAUAGAUACAGGAUAUUUACUGUAUGUAUAUUGUCUCUAUACAGGCCAUGGAAAAAGGAGCCAGUCAGACGGUCAUUGGCCUUAUAUUUGGCUGCUAUGCUCUGUGUAAUCUGAUGGGCUCCUUAGUAAUGGGUAAAUAUGUAAGUAUUUGGAAUAACUAGGCUAUAGUGCCUUAAGAAAGUAUUCAUACCUCUUGACUUCUUCCACAUUUUUGUUGUAUUACAACCUGAAUUCAAAAUGUAUUAAAUAUAUAUUUUUUACUCUCACGCAUCUACACACAAUACCCCAUAAUGACAAAGUCAAAACGUGUUUUUAGAAAUGUUUGCAAAUUUAUUGAAAAUGAAAUACAGAAAAAUCUCAUUUACAUAAGUAUUCACACCCCUGAGUCAAUACAUGUUAGAAUCACCUUUAGCAGUGAUCUUAGCUGUGAGUCUUUCUGAGUACCUCUCUAAUAAGAGCUUUCCACACCUGGAUUGUACAAUAUUUGUACAUUAUUCUUUUUUAAAUUCUUCAAGCUCUGUCAAGUAGGUUGUUGAUCAUUGCUAAACAGCCAUUUUCAAGUCUUGCCAUAGAUUUUCAAGCUGAUUUAAGUCUAAACUCGGUAACUAGGCCAUUCAGGAACAUUCCGUGUCAUCUUGGGAAGCAACUCCAGUGUAUAUUUGUUUUGUGUUUUAGGUUAUUGUCCUACUGAAAGAUGAAUUUGCCUCCCAGCACCCACUGAUAAAUCACAAUUUUAUAUAUUAUUUUGUUUAAUGGAGAAGAAGAUUUGCCCCAAACAUAACACUUUCUAUUCAGGACAUAAAGUUAAUUUCUUUGCCAAACUUUUUGCUGUUUUACUUAAGUGCCUAAUUGCUUUCAGGUUGUAUGUUUUUGAAUAUUUUGUUUCUGUACAGGCUUCCUUCUUUUCACUCUGUCAUUUAGGUUAGUAUUGUGGAGUAACUACAAUGUUGAUCCAUCCUGUUUUCUCCUAUCACAGCCAUUAAACUCUGUAACUGUUUUAAAGUCACCAUUGGCCUCAUGGUGAAACCCCUGAGUGGUUUCCUUCUUCUCCGGCAACUGAGUUAGGUAGGAUGCCUGUAUCUUUGUAGUGACUGGGUGUAUUGAUACACCAUCCAAAGUGUAAUUAAUAACUUCACCAUGGCCUCUCGAGUGGCGCAGCGGUCUAAGACUGAGGCGUCACUACAGACCCGGGUUCGAUCCCAGGCUGUGUCACAACCGGCCAUGACCGGGAGUCCCAUAGAACGGCGCACAAUUGGCCCAGCAUCAUCCGGAGGGUUUGGCCGGGGGGCUUUACUUGGCUCAUCGAGCUCUAGCGACUCCUAGUUGGACGGUGUUUCCUCCGACAGAUUGGUGCGGCUGGGUUCCAGGUUAAGCGGGCAGGUGUUAAGAAGCGCGGUUUGGCGGGUCAUGUUUGGGAGGACGCAUGACUCGACCUUCGCCUCUCCUGAGCCCGUUGGGGAGUUGCAGCGAUGACACAAGAUCGCAAUUGGAUAUCACAAAAUUGGGGAGAAAAUACAAACAAAUAUUUUUUUUUUAAAAAGUACAUAACUUCACCAUGCUCAAAGGGAUAUUCAAUGUCUGCAUUUUAAAGUUUUACUCAUUGACCAAUAGUUGCCCUUCUUUGCGAGGCAUUAGAAAACCUCCCUGGUCUUUGUGGUUGAAUCUGUGUUUGAAAUUCACUGCUCGACUGCGGGACCUCCCAGAUAGUUGUAUGUGUGGGGUACAGAUGAGGUAGUCAUUCACAAAUCAUGUUUAACACUAUUAUUGCACACCAAGUCCAUUUCUUCCUGCUGAAUUUAUUUAGGCUUGCCAUAACAAAGGGGUUGAAUACUUACUGACUCAAGACAUUUCAGCUUUUCAUUUUUAAUUAAUUAGUACAAAUGUCUCAACAUAAUUCCACUUUGACAUUAUGGGGUAUUAUGUUUAGGCCAGUGACACACAUUCUCAAUUUAAUCCAUUUUAAAUUCACAUGUUUAGGCCAGUAACACAACAAAAUGUGGAAUAAGUCAAGGGGUGUGAAUACUUUCACCCUGUUCCCUAUGUAGUGCACUACUUUUGAUCAUGUAGCAUAGGGCUCUGGUCAAAAGUAAUGUACUUCAUAGGGAAUAGGGUGCCAUUUGGAACGCAUCCUACGUGUAGUCAUCAGACUACUCUGCUUGCGAUAUGACUUUUCACAAACAUAACACAUGCUAUAUCUCUCCUUUCAGAUUGUCCAGAUCGGGGCAAAGUUCAUGCUAAUUUCAGGCUUAUUUGUGUCGUCAGUGUGCACCAUUCUCUUUGGGUGAGUGAGAUGGAUAGCGUUCUGCAAGCAUCACAUACUGUCUAUUGUGAUUAAUGGCAGGUGACUACCUAAACAAAUGAGUUAGUUAUCCAUCAACAGAUUCCAGGCAAAGUGCUCAUGGAAAGCACUUUUUUUAAGUGCCCUCCUAAAAUGUUUCCUCAACAUGGACAUAUACAUAUUUUAGUCUAAUUAUUUUCCUGUUCUUGUUUUGCAGCUUACUCGACAGAGUUCCUGACGGAGCUACUUUUAUUGCUCUGUGCUUUAUCAUAAGGUCUGUUGAUGCUGUGGGCUUCAGUGCUGCAAUGACCUCUUCUUUCGCAGUUUCAACAAAAGUUUUCCCAAACAAUAUAGCAACUGUUCUGGUGAGUUUAGUCAGCCAACCCUUGUGUAAGAGUCUGUCUGGUAUGUUAUGUGACGGAAUUAGACACCAUGUUCAAACACAAAAGCAUUAUGGUUGAGGUUGUUAAAAUGUUUUGUAUCCCAAGAGUUAUGCCCCAUUCGUCUUGCGGCUGUCUGAAAGCAUCUUUAGCAAUGAGCAUUGUGAUAAGUUCCUCUAUUUGGUCAUAAUAAUAAUAUGAUGAUGAUACAAUUGGAUUCUGUUCUGUUUGGAACUGGAACCCAUACAAACAACAUUCUUUCUUUUAAGGCAGAUCCUUCUAUUUAGUAAACAGAAGCCUGUGGGUACGAGGUUCAACUGCAUGUGCACAUUUACUAUGUUGAAUAUUGUGUUGUGUUUGUCUUCUUAGGGUAGUCUGGAGAUGUUUGCAGGGCUGGGUCUUAUACUGGGACCACCAAUAGGUGGAUGGUUGUAUCAGUCGUUUGGAUACAAAGUUCCGUUCAUGGCUCUGGGAUGCUUUCUUAUUCUCAUGGUCCCCUUCAACAUGUACAUCUUACCAAGCUUUGGUAACGGUUUAUUUAUGGUUUAUGAACUUUUAACUAAUAGUUAGCCAUCUAUAAGAUAGUUAUGAAUACAUUACGUCCCCCCCUUUAAAGAAAAAGGUGUUAACUUAAAGUGUGUAAAGUGUUAAACAUUUAGUUAUCUGAGUGUAAAAGAUACAUGUUGAGUCAAAUGUUUUCUCUCUUUGUCAUUAUGAAAUGAUUCCUGUGAUAAUGUUUCUUGUUAUUACAGUGAGGGGAAAAAAGUAUUUGAUCCCCUGCUGAUUUUGUACGUUUGCCCACUGACAAGGAAAUGAUCAGUCUAUAAUUUUAAUGGUAGGUUUAUUUGAACAGUGAGAGACAGAAUAACAACAACAAAAUCCAGAAAAACGCAUGUAAAAAAUGUUAUAAAUUGACUUGCAUUUUAAUGAGGGAAAUAAGUAUUUGACCCCCUCUCAAUCAGAAAGAUUUCUGGCUCCCAGGUGUCUUUUAUACAGGUAACGAGCUGAGAUUAGGAGCACACUCUUAAAGGGAGUGCUCCUAAUCUCAGCUUGUUACCUGUAUAAAAGAAACCUGUCCACAGAAGCAAUCAAUCAAUCAGAUUCCAAACUCUCCACCAUGGCCAAGACCAAAGAGCUCUCCAAGGAUGUCAGGGACAAGAUUGUAGACCUACACAAGGCUGGAAUGGGCUACAAGACCAUCGCCAAGCAGCUUAGUGAGAAGGUGACAACAGUUGGUGCGAUUAUUUGCAAAUGGAAGAAACACAAAAUAAUUGUCAAUCUCCCUCGGCCUGGGGCUCCAUGCAAGAUCUCACCUCGUGGAGUUGCAAUGAUCAUGAGAAUGGUGAGGAAUCAGCCCAGAACUACACGGGAGGAUCUUGUCAAUGAUCUCAAGGCAGCUGGGACCAUAGUCACCAAGAAAACAAUUGGUAACACACUACGCCGUGAAGGACUGAAAUCCUGCAGCGCCCGCAAGGUCCCCCUGCUCAAGAAAGCACAUAUACAGAGCCAUCUGAAGUUUGCCAAUGAACAUCUGAAUGAUUCAGAGGAGAACUGGGUGAAAGUGUUGUGGUCAGAUGAGACCAAAAUCGAGCUCUUUGGCAUCAACUCAACUCGCUGUGUUUGGAGGAGGAGGAAUGCUGCCUAUGACCUCAAGAACACCAUCCCCACCGUCAAACAUGGAGGUGGAAACAUUAUGCUUUGGGGGUGUUUUUCUGCUAAGGGGACAGGACAACUUCACCGCAUCAAAGGGACGAUGGACGGGGCCAUGUACCGUCAAAUCUUGGGUGAGAACCUCCUUCCCUCAGCCAGGGCAUUGAAAAUGGGUCGUGGAUGGGUAUUACAGCAUGACAAUGACCAAAACACACGGCCAAGGCAACAAAGGAGUGGCUCAAGAAGAAGCACAUUAAGGUCCUGGAGUGGCCUAGCCAGUCUCCAGACCUUAAUCCCAUAGAAAAUCUGUGGAGGGAGCUGAAGGUUCGAGUUGCCAAACUUCAGCCUCAACCUUAAUGACUUGGAGAAGAUCUGCAAAGAGGAGUGGAACAAAAUCCCUCCUGAGAUGUAUGCAAACCUGGUGGCCAACUACAAGAAACGUCUGACCUCUGUGAUUGCCAACAAGGUUUUUGCCACCAAGUACUAAGUCAUGUUUUGCAGAGGGGUCAAAUACUUAUUUCCCUCGUUAAAAUGCAAAUCAAUUUAUAACAUUUUUGACAUGCGUUUUUCUGGAUUUUGUUGUUGUUAUUCUGUCUCUCACUGUUCAAAUAAACCUACCAUUAAAAUUAUAGACUGAUCAUGUCUUUGUCAGUGGGAAAACGUACAAAAUCAGCAGGGGAUCAAAUCCUUUUUUCCCUCACUGUAUAUUACCCUGCUUGCUCCUCUGUUCAGCUGCUGAUCCUACCAAGGACUCCUUCUUCAGGCUGUUCACGCAUCUGAAGAUAGUCCUCAUAUGCUUUGCCAUAUUCACCCUGAGCUCUGGACUCGGCUUUCUGGAUGCAACCUUGUCCAUAUAUGCAAUUGAUACGGUAAAGCCAAGCAUACACCAGGGUUGAGGUGAAUUCCAUUUCAAUUCAGUUUACUUCCUGAAUGGACUGAAAUUCAAUUUACACCCAACCCUAGUAUACUUUAAAGCUUCAUAUUUGAGAAUAUAUUUGUCACAUUUCAAAAUAUGAUGGUUAUGUCCAGUAGGACGAACCUCAGUAACUUAACCUAUCUCUUUUGUUUCUCUAUGUAGUUUGACCUGUCUCCAGGUUAUGUGGGUCUUCUCUUCCUUGGUCUGUCGUUGCCUUACUGUCUGGCCUCACCUCUGCUUGGUAUCAUCAGUGACAGGUUUCCUGUCAGUACAGUUAACCCAACACUAUACUAUACUACACUAUACAACACUAUAAUAUACAACACUAUACUACACUACAUUGUUGGUUUGUUGGUUAACGGCUGCAUUGUUGGUUAAGGGCUUGUAAGUAAGCAUUUCACGGUAAGGUCUACACCUGUUUUAUUCAGCGCAUGUGACAAAUAACGUUUUAUUUGAUUUACACUCUACAACACUAUAUAACACUACACUAUACUAUACAGCACUAUAGUAUACUAUACAGCACUAUACUAUACAACACUAUGCUACACAACACUAUGCUAACAGUACACUGUACUAUACAACACUACACAACACAACACUGCUAUACUAUAUACCACAAUACUAUAUUACACAAUACUAUAUUCAACACAACACUAUGCUACACGAUACAGUACAACACUGUGCUAUACUAUACACCACAAUACUAUACUACACAAUACUACACUUAAGUGAUAAUGCCGGAGAAGCCGGUGUUUGGAGGAUAUAUUGGCAGGGGUGUUGUUUGUCGAGGGCCGGCAAACCGUGCCAAUAUAUCCUCCAAACACCGGCUUCAAGGGCAUUAUCAAUUUGUAUACAACUGGUUACCAACAUUUUCAAAUAAUGAUUGACAUAUUUUAAUUUAAAAAACGUUAUUUUGAUGAAUUUAUUCAUACUAUUUAAUCCUUCCACAAGAUAUAGUCCCGACACAAAUCUAGGGUUGCUACCCAAGCCGGCUGGUCGUUCGUUCUAUCCGUUCGGUUGCUAGAGACGCGACUCAGUCGUUCAGUCUUUUUGUUGUGUAUCUAUGGACGUGACCCAGUCGUUUGUUCUAAAUGUUCCAUUGCCAUAUUUGCUGGCAACAUUCUUAUCCCUUGCUUGCCAGCUAGCCAACUACGGCAAUUUACAGUCACUUCAAACAGUGCAGCCAGAAUAACUGCAAAGUAGCCGCAUUUGUUUAAACUGUUUUCUAGUGACAUUUAUCUGGAUGCAUCCAAAACAAUGAGUUAAUGAGGCGCGAUUUCGCAUGGCAUAGAAAAUGUGCUCUCUUGUUAGGACACUGUUGUUCAGAGGAGCUAGCCAACAACACAGCUAACACAAUCACUUCAAACUGAAGCUGGAAAGACUGCAAACUAGCUGCACUUCGUUUCGUUUUACCUUUUUCAAUUGACAUUUCUUUGUUUAUAUCCUUAACAAUGAUGCCAGCUGAUUCAUGAUUUCAACUGGCUGAGAAACGCUGCCUGCCUGUCUGUUUCGUCCCGACUCCCAACACGUACAUUACUAUGGGACAGCUGGAGAUCGAAUUUGAAUAUUGAAACAAUGUUGCAAAUGUUGGCGAGACAGAUAGCAAGGUUUAUACAAAUCUCCGCGGUUGAAAACUAAAUGUUAGUCUAAAAGAAAUGUGAGAUAAUGUCUAGAUGCUUUUUAUAAUGUAGAUCAAGUUUAUAACUUGCCUGGCAGGGCUGAUGAGACAGUGGAUUGUGCAAUCAAAUGGAACAGAGUAAAUAGGCAUUUUAAUGUCGGUGGUAACUUGUGAAAUAAACACCGGCAGGAAUGUGGUUUUAACCAAUCAGCAUUCAGGAUUAGACCCAACCAUUGUAUAAUACACUAUAUACAACACCAACCAAUACCAGUGGUGUAUUGUAGACACAACUUCUCUUUUAUACAUAUACUAUAAUGUGAUUUUACCUUCUGGUUGUGUUUGCAGUACACUAGGUCGUGGUUCAUGGUGCUAGGAGGCUUGUUUACAGCAACUGGCUUCUGGUUCUUAGGUCCUGUCCCCAUUCUGCAGAUACAGAGGUCAGCAUCUGUUAUUAUCAGUGUGAAGUGUACUACUUGUCCUGCUAUUACUACUAACAAGAAGCCAAUGUGAUACAAUAAUUAUACUUUUUUUUUUGUCUCUGUAGGCAGAUGUGGCUGGUGGUCUUCAUGCUGGGUGUCAUAGGAUUCUCUCUUAGCAUGACUGCCAUCCCCACGUUCCCUGAAAUACUUGAAUGUGCAUAGUGAGUUGACCAUUUACGUACACACCAUGGCACUUACGCACGCGCACAUAUACAAAUAUACUGUAUUUAUAAUGUCCAUUUUGACUUAGAAGAAUCGGUAUCAUCAUCAUGCAAGAGGUACAGAAUGCAAAAUAAUAUUUAUAAUUUUCCAAUGGCAGUGAAAUUGGAUUUGAGGAGGGUCUGAGCACUCUUGGACUGGUGUCAGGAUUGUUUGGAGCAGUGUGGUCCAUUGGGUGUGUACUUGCAGUGUUAUAUUAAGUCUCUGAGGCGCAAUUUGAGAGUUGGAGUUUGGAGAUAUGAAUUCUAAACAAAAGUAUGUUUUAUUUGUUCAGGAUGUUUUGUGGUCCAAUGCUCGGUGGCUUCAUCACACAACAGCUGAGCUUUGAGUGGGCUGCUUCUGUUCAAGGAGGCCUGGCCUUUCUAGCCGUAUGUAUAAUAACAAUAUAUGUAUUUUAUAUAACAGUUUUCAUUACAAUGAGAAUCUCAAAGACACUUUAAAAAAACAAAUAAAGAAACCAGAUAUAGGGUUGUGGCAGUUCCUGCACGAUGGUCUCCUACAGCUUCAGAUGAAUGGGCGAGGCAGUUCAGAAGGGCGGUUCAGAAGGGCAGUUCAAAAGGGCAGUUUGUGUAUUCUAUUAUGCACACUUGAAUACUGUCAGUCCUGCCUCGACACUCCUGACUCCUGACCCCUAUAAAUGGGUAACUCAAAUGUCUGUGCUAAAUUGCUUACUUGGACAUCAACACAUUGUUUAUGCUAGUUAGUAAGAGUAAUUUAGGUCACAUGGAUUAUUAUUACAGUUGAAGUCGGAAGUUUAGAUACACCUUAGCCAAAUACAUUUAAACUCAGUUUUUCACAAUUCCUGACAUUUAAUCCUAGUAAAAAUUCCCUGUUUUAGGUCAGUUAGGAUCACAACUUUAUUUUAAGAAUGUGAAAUGUCAGAAUAAUAGUAGAGAAUUAUUUAUUUCAGCUUUUAUUUCUUUAAUCACAUUCCCAGUUGGUCAGAAGUUUACAUACACUCAAUUAGUAUUUGGUAGCAUUACCUUUAAAUUGUUUAACUUGGGUCAAACAUUUCGGGUAGCCUUCGACAAGCUUCCCACAAUAAGUUGGGUGAAUUUUGGCCCAUUCCUCCUGACAGAGCUGGUGUAACUGAGUCAGGUUUGUAGGCCUCCUUGCUCGCACAUGCUUUUUCAGUUCUGCCUACACAUUUUCUAUAGGAUUGAGGUCAGGGCUUUGUGAUGGCCACUCCAAUACCUUGACUUUGUUGUCCUUAAGCCAUUUUGCCACAACUUUGGGAGUAUGCUUGGGGUCAUUGUCCAUUUGGGAGACCCAUUUGCGACCAAGCUUUAACUUCCUUACUGAUGUCUUGAGAUGUUGCUUCAAUAUAUCCACAUAAUUUUCUUUCCUCAUGAUGCCAUCUAUUUUGUGAAGUGCACCAGUCCCUCCUGCAGCAAAGCACCCCCACAGCAUGAUGCUGCCACCCCCGUGCUUCACGGUUGGGAUGGUGUUCUUCGGCUUGCAAGCCACCCCCUUUUUCCUCCAAACAUAACGAUGGUCAUUAUGGCCAAACAGUUCUAUUUUUGUUUCAUCAGACCAGAGGACAUUUCUCCAAAAGGUACGAUCUUUGUCCCCAUGUGCAGUUGCAAACCGUAGUCUGGCUUUUUUAUGGCGGUUUUGGAGCAGUGGCUUCUUCCUUGCUGAGCGGUCUUUCAGGUUAUGUCGAUAUAGGACUCGUUUUACUGUGGAUAUAGAUACCUUUGUACCUGUUUCCUCCAGCAUCUCUCACAAGGUCCUUUGCUGUUCUGGGAUUGAUUUGCACUUUUCGCACCAAAGUACGUUCAUCUCUAGGAGACAGAAUGCGUCUCCUUCCUGAGCAGUAUGACAGCUGCGUGGUCCUAUGGUGUUUAUACUUGCGUACUAUUGUUUGUACAGAUGAACGUGGUACCUUCAGGCAUUUGAAAAUUGCUCCCAAGGAUGAACCAAACUUGUGGAGGUCUACAAUUCUUUUUUCUGAGGUCUUGGCUGAUUUUCUUUUGAUUUCCCCAUGAUGUCAAGCAAAGAGGCACUGAGUUUGAAGGUAGGCCUUGAAAUACAUCCAUAGGUACACCUCCAAUUGACUCAAAUGAUGUCAAUUAGCCUGUUAGAAGCUUCUAAAGCCAUGACAUCAUUUUCUGGAAUUUUUCCAAGCUGUUUAAAGGCACAGUCAACUUAGUGUAUGUAAACUUCUGACCCACUGGAAUUGUGAUACAGUGAAUUAUAAGUGAAAUAAUAUGUCUGUAAACAAUUGUUGGAAAAAUUACUUGUCAUGCACAAAGUAGAUGUCCUAACCGACUUGCCAAAAUGAUAGUUUGUUAACAAGACAUUUGUGGAGUGGUUGAAAAACGAGUUUUAAUGACUCCAACCUAAGUGUAUGUAAACUUCCGACUUCAACUGUAUAUAUUUUUUUAUAUAUAUUUUUUUUUCCCACUGUGCUGUCUGAAUAUGACUGUUUCCUCUUCUCAGGCUUUCUUUCUUGGUGUAUAUUUUCUCUGUCAAAGAACACGACAAGAAAGGUAAUGAUUCUGUUUAUUUACAUAAACAAGUAGAAAAUAACUGUUGAGAAAGCCAUUUGAAAAGAGUAACAGGUUCGGAGAAAUUGGUAUUUGUGCCUGAAUUUGCUUUUAUUUGUUUGGACCUAAAGGGCUCCUCAGAUCCAGGGGACAAGACCUUCAGAUGAAAGUACCCAUCUUCUGACCUGAACAACGAUCAUCUACCAGGAACAAUAAUUUAAAAAAUUCUGCUGUGAGAAACUGGUCAAAUU